AUGCAUCCGGUAAUAAGCGUAGGAGGAAAUCAAGAUAUGGCAGUGCAAUCACGAACAAAUCACCAACAGGGAUUGAAGAAAAUCGAUGGAUAUCGGGCAAUCGGCGGACUAGGCUUCGAAACAGGCGAAUCCUUGUCCAUUGGUGCUACAAAGGCAAAUCGACAACGGCUGAUCGAUCAGCGGCCUCCGGUGUAUUUAGGCCAGAGCAGUGAAAAAAAGACCAGCAGAGCCCAUCUUAAAUCCUUCAAGUUAUGCUAA